AAUAAAUGCUUGCCUGUCACAUUUAUAGUAAAGGCAAGAAACCGUGACUUUGUGACGAUCUUUGAAUAUCUAACAAUCAUUAUCCAGUCAUUGAUCAUGGUCUUUGAACAAUGUUUGCUUGGGUAAAUUUUGUAAGGACAUCCCUCGCGAAUUAGUACAUGUACUUUGAUCUUAUAAAACCUGGCCACUCAAGUUGACAUCUUGUAGUCCUGAUCUUUGAACUUUAGACCUUGGACUUCUUCAGAUACAGACAUUAGGUGAUGUUUGUGAGGAAGUUGGGGCAGGCCUGCAGCAGAGGGACCAAGGCUAGAAGGUGGCCUGCAUUUGUAAGCUGCUGCUGCUGCCAUUUACCAAGGAUGGCGAAGUUGCAUUCUGGGAAAGGAGAUCACUUGGAGAGGACCAAGGAGAACACCAGACAGCAGACCUUGACAGAAGCUGUGGUGGAGAGUAUGUAUGACCUCUCACCUACAGUGAAAAGUCUCAGUCUCAAGGUUAACAAUGAGGAUUUCAGCUUCAAAGCUGGACAAUGGGUGGACUUCUUUAUCCCAGAGUUGGAGGGUGAGUUCACAGGGUUCUCUAUGACCUCAGCACCGGGUCAGCUGGAGCAUGAUGGGAUACUUGACCUGGCAGUAAAAUGUAGUGAAGAGGCGCCGGCACAUUGGGUGCACCACAAGUGUCAUGUUGGGUCAAAGGUUAGAAUGAGAGCAGGAGGAGACUUCAACUUUGACCCCCAAGAUGGAGACCAAUCAAAAGACUUGCUGCUAAUUGCAGGAGGUGUAGGGAUAAACCCCCUGUACUCAAUAGUGCAACAUGUGGUGGACUUACAUCGCUUGAGUCAGAAAAGUGAAACAGCGUACAAACCAGGACGGACUGUGCUACUGUACAGUGCCAGGGAUGAAGGGGAGUUGUUGUUUAGGGAGCAGAUUCUGAGGCUGUGUAAGGAGGUUCCUGACAUCUCCUUUCAGUGCUUUGUGACUCAGCAGCAGGAGUUCAAAGACCCCAGCCAGUUCCCUAGGCCAAAGGUGGGGAGAAUCACACAAGAAGACCUGAAGGCGGAGCUAUCUUGUCUCCAUGGCGAUCACAUCUUGUCGUACAUCUGCGGCCCCCCUCCCAUGAUCGAGUCCAUGGCAGACCAGCUCAGCUGUCUGGGGGUGGACAGAGGGAACAUCAAGUUUGAGAAGUGGUGGUGACAGUCUGGUAUAGCUGGAAGGGAUCAUGAACUUUAUGCUUUAGGCCAUACUGGGGUUCUGUCCAGUGUCUUGUGGUAUUCUUGUCAUUUGAGAGAAUCUUGUUGCUAAAGACACAAUCAUGGCCAUUGUGUCAUUUUGACCAGGGAGGUUGGCUCAAAUUAGGACUACUAGGAUAUGGAUUAAUCACAC